AUGAAUAAAAGCUUUUCUGCGAUCAGAUACUCAAAGAAUAUGAAAAUAGAGAACAUUCUUAAAUCCGAAGGUGAUACAAUCAAUGUUUUUGUUCCUGUUGAGCAUUUCAUUCUUGAUAAUCCAGUUUUUACUCAACAAAUGGUUUAUGGCAGCCGUCCAUACUCAAUAAAGUCAGAUUUAGUUGCCAUUUUGGCUCAUAUGGGCAUUUUAUUCCCAGGAGAAAAGCCUAAAAAGAAUUCACCAGAUGUUUUACGUACAUCACCAAGUGCUCCUUUAUUUGGCAAGCAGGAUUCGAUAAAUCUCGAAGACACUCGUAAAAUAGAAGAUGACUUCAGAUUCUACGGCGUUGUUGUUGCUGUAACAGCUGUAGAACCAAUUGAACAUUACCCAGCGAUGCCAGGAUUUGGUGUAGCUUCACAGGCACUGCAUGAUUCGACAUUCAUUGCUAUUGAUAUUUUAGAUUAUUCCUUCAUUUCUGAGUUUGAACCAAUGCCUACUUUAGUUGAUGAUCCAGACUCAAUAGUUAGACAUUUUUCAAAGGCAGAUUUCUUCCUACCAGCUGAUGAAGAGAAUUUAUUUACAUAUGAAUACUCUCCUGACUUAUUCUCGUGCGAUAAGGAAGGAUAUCUUUUCAAAGAUUACAAAGUUUCAUUUUACAUGAAUGAUAUUUCUCUCCAAUUUAAGUGGACAAGAAACCAAUUAGUUUUAAUAAGAAAAAUCAUUUCCGAAGAAAACAAAAUCUCCGAUGAAACUGCUAUCCUUACAAAUAUUCAAUACAAAGAUAUUAAAUUCAAUGAAACAUCGAUUACAAUUGGAGAAAAUAACUACGGUCCAAUUUCUCGCGUAACUUUGGAAAAUCAAGAUCAUUAUGGUACUGAAUAA